UGGGAUUUCGUUCAAAUAAGCGGUUUGCAAGGACCGAACAUUUUAACAUUAUUGUUAGUCGGACCAAAACAUACCAGCUCUCUUUUUGAUUUCGAUUCUUUCACAUGGAGGAUUUACAAAGAACCCUUGCACCUACAGGAUUAAGCGUCUCCACCACACCAGAGAAAGGUCGAUGUCUCAUUUCUACCAGAAACUUCUCGCCAGGAGAAGUGAUUAUAACUCAGGAGCCAUAUGUUUGUGUUCCGAAUAACUCAUCGGAAUCCAAAUGUGAUGGAUGUUUUAAAUCUGUUAAUCUUAAGAAAUGCUCAGCAUGUCAAGUUCCUUGGUACUGUGGGAGCACAUGUCAGAAAUCAGAGUGGAAGCUGCAUCGAAUUGAAUGCCAAGCCCUUGCCCGACUUAGUAAAGAAAGACGAAAAUCACUCACACCUUCUUUACGACUGAUGGUUAGGCUGUACUUGAAGCGAAAAUUGCAGAAUGAGCGGGUUUUCCAAACUACUGCUACAGAUAAUUACAACUUGGUGGAGGCAUUAGUGGAUCAUAUGUCUGAUAUUGGUGAGAAACAACUGGUGCUGUACGCACAGAUGGCGAACCUUGUCAACUUGAUUCUUGAGUGGCCAAAUAGCAACAUAAAAGAAAUUGCACAGAACUUUUCUAAGCUUGCAUGCAAUGCCCAUACAAUAUGUGACAGUGAACUGAGACCUCUAGGAACUGGAUUGUAUCCUGUAAUUUCCAUAAUUAACCACAGCUGCUCACCGAAUGCAGUUUUGGUAUUCGAGGGACGGCGGGCUGUAGUACGUGCUGUGGAACUUAUACCCCAAGGUACAGAGGUGUUCAUAACUUACGUAGAAACUGCUGAAAGCACUGCAGCACGGCAAAAAGCACUAAAGGAACAAUACUUUUUCACAUGCUCCUGCCCCUGCUGCAAAAAAGGCGUCUAUCUGGAAGUGCAGGAAAGUGCAAUUUUAGAAGGUUAUAGAUGCAAGGCUGAUAAAUGCAAUGGUUUCUUGCUUCGUGAUUCUGAUGAUAAAGGAUUUGUAUGUCAAACAUGUGGACUCGUUAGGAGCAAGGAAGAGAUUUUAAAGAUCUCAACUGAUGUAAAACAAAUGGAGGACCAAGCUUCACAGUUUCUAUCCUCUGGAAAUUAUCUGGAAGCCACUAUAGUAUACAGAAACAUUGAGCAACUCCAGUUGAGACUGUGUCAUCCAUUUUCUAUCAAUUUGAUGAGAACCAGAGAAAGUCUUUUGAAGAUAUUGAUGGAGCUGGAAGAUUGGAGAGGAGCCUUAACAUAUUGCAGAUACAUCAUUCCAGCUUAUCAAAGAGUGUAUCCAGAAAUUCAUCCAUUGGUUGGAUUGCAGUAUUACACCUGCGGAAAGCUUGCAUGGUUCCUUGGAGAUACUGAGGAUGCUAUCAAGUCUCUUACCAAAGCUGUUUAUGUACUCCAAACUACUCAUGGAACAAAUACAACAUUCAUGAGAGACCUCCUAGUCAGGUUGGAUGAAGCGCGGGCAGAAGCUGCUCACAAGCUUUAAGCUGGAAGAAAUUAGUGUUUUUUGUGCCUGUAAACAAGGGGGUGGGGAAAAUGUAACUCUAGAAAGUAGUUUUUGUAAUAUACUUUUUGUAUAUAAUCCGUGUUGAGCCGUCUAGGCUAUUGCCUAGAGGCUCACAUUGUUAGGGCCCAAAAUUUUAUGUUUUCUUACAACUUACACUUUUUAGUCCUCUUAUUAUAUGGUGGUUGAUAGUUGUAAUUGAGUACAGGGUACUGCUUUCAAUCCUACUUGGUCACAUACUUUUGUACACUUCAUAACAUUAGAAUUCACUGUAUAAUUCACUGUAUUAAGCGAUUCUUUUCAAAA